AUCAUUGAGAAUGGGCACCGCUAUUCCAAGCAAUAUGAGUCUUGGUUGUCCAUUUGCAAUACUAGAAGGACAGCACCCCUCUUCCCUUUACAGAAAGUAAAUGAGAGCCACAUUAUUUUAUUCCCAUAAGCAGAGUCUGAAGCUUGCUUUAGCUUAAGUUGCCCAGUGCUCAAUAAAUGAUGUACUCUGCAUUUGUAUAGAUUCUUCCAAUUCAGUGAAGCAUUUUAGCGAUGGCAGCAUGGAAAACAUCACUUAAACAUUAGAUGGCCUUUAAAAGGUAGAUAUUAACAAACAAGCUACACAGUGUGGGUGUGUUGUCCCACAUAAACGGGACUUCCAGAAUGGGCUUUGGCUCCUGUUGAUCAGUUGCCCACAAUGCUGGCAACAGCUACUGUAACUCAGCACUGACCCAACUCCCCAAGCUCUAUGCUUAUCACGGAGCAGGGCUUUCCAAAGAUAUCUCCUGGUUGAGAGUGGUGGCCCUGAUACUUGUUUAUAAUGUAGGUUCCAUUGUUCUUCUCUUUGAGAAUCUGAUUUAAUAAGACCUCGGGGAGCCUAAAAAUCUGCAUUUGGAAUAAGUGUUUCAGGUGAUUCUCAUAAUCAAGAUAAUUUGAGAAACACUAUCCCAGAGUGAAAGCUGCAGCCUCAGGCAUCCGGAGGUCUGAGGCCAGUCGGUGGGUGGGUGCAUCAGUAGGUAGUAGCUGUCAUCUCAAGGUUGGUGGAAAUUCUGAGGGCUGGAGACUGCUGGGUGUCAUGGUAACUAAUUUGCUAUAGGCUUGGACAUGUAGACGUAAAUUGCAGGACUGUAGAGCUGGGAUGAUCUUAGCAAUCAUCUAGUGUUAUGAUUUAGAAGUCAGACAGCUUUUUUAAAAAUUAAAAAUAUCCUGACUUAAACCUCAGAAAUUCUGAUUCCGUCAUUCUAAGGUUGAGGAACUGUUGAUAUGGUCCAGACAUUUUAUUUUGCAGAUAAGAAAACUGAAGUCCGGAAAGAGCCUAAGUGACUUGACUGGAGUCACACAAAAUGAAAAGGAUACUCAAGAAAGAGUUCUGCAUCUCAAAACUCUAUUCUGGCAACAGAAUGAAGUUACUGGAGUGAUGACAGGAACACAGGAGAACAAUGCUCUAUUUGGGCUGGAUAUUUCUUUCGCUUAUUGCAGGAGAAAGAAUUAAACAAUUUAAUAUUUCAGAUUGUUCCACAAAAAAGUUCCUUUGGACAUAUUCUACAAGGAGUGAAGAAGAAUUUGUCUUAUUUUGUGAUUUACCAAAGCAACAGAAAUCAUAUUUCUGCCACAGAAGUCGACUCUCACCAACACAAGGCCCUGAGCACCUACCCUUCACUGGCAGUAAGGACCUAUCUGAUAUCCAAUGGUACCGACAACCUUCGAAUGGUGAUCCAUUAGAGGACAUUAGAAAAAGCAAUCCUCACAUCAUUCAGGAAAAAUACACCCUUCGUUUUAGGACCCCAGGGGUGAAUAAUGCUGGAUCAUAUAUUUGUAGACCCAAGAUGAUUAAGAGUCCCUAUCAUGUAGCCUGUUGUGUCAAGAUGAUUUUAGAAGUUAAGCCUCAGACAAACGCAUCCUGUGAGAAUUCUGCAUCACAUAAGCAAGACCUACUUCUUGGGAGUAUUGGUUCCAUUUCUUGCCCCAGUCUCAGCUGCCAACGUGAUGCACAAAGUCGAGAGGUAAUCUGGUACCAGAAUGGAACCCUCCUCCCUAAGGAAAGGAGCAACCAAAUCACAGUGGAUGAAGUUUAUGACUAUCACCAGGGCAGAUAUGUAUGUGAUUACACGCUGUCGGAUACUGCAAGUUCAUGGACAGUCAGAUCUGUUAUUCAAGUGAGAACCAUUGUCGCAGACACUAAACUCAAACCAGAUAUUCUGGACCCCAUUGAGAGCACACUGGAGGUAGAACUUGGAAAGCCUUUAAAUAUUAGCUGCAAAGCACUAUUUGGCUUUGAAAGGGUCUUUAAACCUGUCAUAAAAUGGUACAUCAAAGAUUCUGACCUAGAGUGGGAAGUCUCAGUACCUGAAGCGAAAAGCAUUGAAUCCACUGUAAAGGGUGAAAUCAUUGAGCGUGAUAUCAUCUUGGAAAAAGUGACUAAGCGUGAUCUUCGCAGGAAGUUUGUUUGCUUUGUCCAAAACUCCAUUGGAAACACAACCCAGUUCAUCCAACUGAAGGAAAAGAGAGGAGUGGUGCUCCUGUACAUCCUGCUCGGCACUGUCGGGACCCUGGUGGCCUUGCUGGCGGUGAGUGCCCUCCUCUAUAGGCACUGGAUUGAAAUAGUUCUGUUGUACCGGACCUACCAGAGCAAGGACGAGACGCUUGGGGAUAAAAAGGAUUUUGAUGCUUUCGUAUCCUAUGCAAAAUCUAGCUCUUUUCAAAGUGAGGCCACUUCAUCUCUGAGUGAAGAACACUUGGCCCUGAGCCUAUUUCCUGAUGUUUUAGAAAACAAAUAUGGAUAUACCUUGUGUUUGCUUGAAAGAGAUGUGGCUCCAGGAGGAGUGUAUGCAGAAGACAUUGUGAGCAUUAUUAAGAGAAGCAGAAGAGGAAUAUUUAUCUUGAGCCCCAACUAUGUCAACGGACCCAGUGUCUUUGAACUACAAGCAGCAGUGAAUCUUGCCUUGAAUGAUCAAACACUGAAGCUCAUUUUAAUUAAGUUCUGUUACUUCCAAGAGCCAGAAUCUCUACCUCAUCUUGUGAAAAAAGCUCUCAGGGUUUUGCCCACAGUUGCAUGGAGAGGCUUAAGAUCAGUUCCUCCCAAUUCUAGGUUCUGGACCCAAAUGCGCUACCACAUGCCUGUGAAAAAACUCUCAAGGAUUCACGUGGAACCAGCUUAGAAUUACCUCUAGGAUUUUUCAGUGGAAAGGACUCAGUAAAACAGAAACCACUGGGAGGAGCUCCCAGCCUAAGAAAUAGUGAAAUGAGCCCGGGAGCCCCCUCCCAAUCCAAUCCCUCGGAUAAAGAUGUUGCUGGACAAAACUCACAGCUCUGUGUAUGUGUGUUCAGGCUUGAAAGAGUCUCCUGCCAGCACCAGCAAGCUUGAUGGACAGUGGAAUGGGAUUGAAACUGUGGUUUAGAGCCUUUGAUUUCCUGGACUGGACAGAGAGGGAGUGAAUUCUCUAGACUUUGGGUACUUUCAGUACACAACACCCCUAAGAUUUCCCAGUGGUCCAAGCAGAAUCAGAAAAUACAGCUACUUCUGCCUUGUGGCUAGGGACUGUCAUGUCUACCAUGUAUUGUGCAUAUGACUUUAUAUAUACUUGCAAUCAAACAAAUAUUAUUUUAUUA